GUGGGGCAUGGAACCUAUAGCAAUGUAUACAAAGCGAGAGAUAAGGAGAGUGGAAAGAUUGUUGCUUUGAAGAAGGUAAGGUUUGACACAUCAGAUCCUGAAAGCAUAAAGUUUAUGGCAAGAGAGAUAAUGAUUCUGCAGAAGCUGGAUCAUCCCAAUGUCAUCAAACUCAAAGGACUUGCAACAUCAAGGAUGCAGUAUAGUCUUUAUCUUGUUUUUCGUUACAUGCACUCUGAUCUUACUACAAUCAUCUCUCGUCCUACGGAUAAACUCACUGAACCACAGAUCAAGUGUUAUAUGCAGCAAUUGCUUCUGGGGCUACAGCACUGUCAUGAGAGAGGAGUUAUGCAUAGAGAUAUUAAACCUUCCAACUUGUUGGUAGACAAAAAGGGAGUGCUAAAAAUUGCAGAUUUUGGGUUAGCAAAUUCUUUUGCUAUGAAACCUGAAGGGCCUUUCACAAAUCGAGUGGUGACACUUUGGUAUAGAGCUCCUGAACUUCUUUUGGGUUCAACAGAUUAUGGAUAUGAAAUUGAUCUAUGGAGUGCAGGGUGCUUGUUGGCUGAGAUGUUCCUUGGAAGGCCACUUAUGCCUGGGAGAACAGAGGUUGAACAACUUCACAUGAUCUUCAAACUUUGUGGUACACCUUCUGCGGAUUAUUGGAUGAGAAGGAAGCUAACGACAAGCUUAUUUCCACCACUACAUUACAAAGCUAACUAUGACGAAAACUUUAAGGAUUUUCCUUCCUCUGCUUCUUCUCUCUUGACUACACUUCUUCAUCUAGACUCUCAUGCACGUGCCACAGCUGCUUCUGCUCUUCAAAGCCAAUUUUUCAAGUCAAGUCCAUUAGCAUGUGACGUUUCAGCUUUAGCAGUAAUAUACAAAGACGAGGAUGAAUACUCACAAACAAAAAGACGAAAAAGGCGAAAGGGUCUGAAAAACAAAGGGCAUGUAUUUCAAACAAGUGCAUGCAACAUGAACCAAUCACGAAAGAACAAUACUUCUGAACAAAGCAGGAGAGACUCCGAAUCAUCAUUGAAAGGGAAGAGUGUGGCACAAGACAUGAAAGGUGAAGAAAUUGAAAAAAGUGAAAGCAAGACAUGGUCAGAUUUUAUGAAGGAGAGGAGCACGAGCAUGGAUGCAUCUAUAUCCCCAGUUUUUCUCUCCAGUGUGAGAAAAUCUCCUAAAACAGAGGGCCAUCCUAAUGCUCUUAAGAACAUAAAAAACUAUACCCUUUUACAAGCCUCAAUAAUUGAUAUGAUCAAUCGCAAUGAAGGCAAUGAAAUUGGUCCAUUGCGUAAGUCCUUUUCUGCAUUGGAUUUUCGCCUUCAUCCAGACAAACUAUCAAGCCUCUACUCCCAGUUCAGAAAUUGAGCCACCACAUGUGAUUUUCUAAUUUCUGUUCUAAUUCUUGUUGACUUAAGUCUGAAUGCUUUCUUGUGUAUUUAUAAUUAUUUAAAUCAUUUUUUCCCAUGAUGAAGA